UUUUGCAUGAGAAGAUGACAACCACAGUCCAGAUGGAGAGGAACCCCAACGGCGGUGGACCCGGGGGCAUGGAAUCGGCCGGAGAGGCUCCCUCUGCGGCGGCGGCCGGCGGCGAGAAGAAUGCCCCCAUCGUGGGCGUGGCUGGCCAACAGAAAGCACUGGAUGCUACCAAGCGCAAGAAGCUUAAAUCGCGACUCACAUCUUCGGCCUCCACUGCCGAGAUGCAGGCAGCAUCUGCCGCCUCUACCAUCAAUCAAAGUAAUUCGGGCAAAAUCGGCCGGAGUGGCGUAAGCUACUCCAAGGACCAUCUCGAUGCAUGGCUGGAGAACUGCCUGCGGGAUGCCACGAACGCCCAGUUGUCGUCUUCAUCCGAGUUUUUGGACUUUAUACCGCCCACAGCCACUGUUCCUAAGCCAAUGUUCGUGAGUCAGGCGGGAGCUCAGCCUCAACAACAGCAGCAGCAGCAGCAGCAACAACCAUUCCCAAUGCGUGGACAGCCUUACGGAAUGGGCACAGGCACGCCCUUCAGCCUGGGGAUUCAGCGCCAAUCGCACUCCCUCUCGCAUCGAUACCCGAUGCUCUUCCCACCCCAGAGCUUCAACGGCUACGGCAUGGGCUACGCCGGGGACAGUGGCCAGGAGUUCGCCAGUCUCCCGCCCCUGGUCAACAUGAUGGGGAGUGGGGGUGGCGGCGGUGCUGGUUCGGAGCACGAACCCAAUUCCACAGACGUGUUGGAUGGAAGCGGCAGCAAUCCAAAUUUCAGCAGAGGGUUUCGAUUCAGCGACCCCUGCCUGCUGAACCCCUCCGACAAUGAUUCCAAAGUGAGCGGUCAAAAUACCCCGUACUGUCGCAACGGCAACAUAAGUGGCAGUGCCUGCGAUCUGGCGCAGCAGAACCAGUUCUUUGCGGCGCUGAUGGAGCAAAUAAAGAUACUGCACGACACCAAUUCCAGGAUCUGUCAGAAUCUGCACGAAACUAAAGUCGAUAUUGAAGCCUUAAAGCACGCUCCUUUUGGUCAGCCCUGGGCGCCGUCCGGCGUUGGGGGCAUGCGGCACCGUAGAGAUAGCUUGAGCGGAUUGAGCACCCAAAGUCAACCGUUGGUUUUUGGCGGUGGACUAGGCGGGACGCACAGUCCGGCGCCCACCUUUCAUUCAGGUGCAUACACUCCUGGCAUGAUGACCGAUGUAGUGCGAGAGGUUAAGGAGGCGGCCCGCGUACGGGAAGAUGCCCUGCUCAGCCGGGUCAAAUCGAUGGUCGAGGAGAGGCAGUGGAGCGUGAACGAUGGGAAUGUUCGUAUUCUUCGCGAUAUUGACGAGCUGAAGUCCCAUGUAAUGCAGUUGCGCCUGGAGCGGAAGGAGACAAACAAGCGACUGACGCACCUCGAGGCAGAGAACAAGUACCUGCGCCAGGCCCUGGCCAGUUGCUACAACCAGCGCCAGUCCUAUCAAGAUAUUAUCUACGAAAAUGAUCGAGCUCGAGGAGCAAGGAAGCCCUUUCCAAAUGGUGGAGGAGCCGUAACACGGAGAGCGCACUCCUUCAAUCUCCACUACGGAACUGUGCAUCAGACUCCGACCCAGGCCACGCAUUCGCUGGAGGAGGACGACGAGGGGGAGGAGGAAAAUGUACAGGAGCAAGCCGAGCUGGACAGCGAAGUGCAAUCGGUGGUCACCAACAAGCGACUGUCCUGCUCCAGCAACGAGUCCCGCAGCAACGGAAUGCCAACGCCACCAACCAAGCUACUGACGCAGCCCACCUCGCUCGAGGGAAGCCCGCAGUCUGUAAGGAUUCCUCCGUCGUUUGCCCUGAUUACCGACCAAGUCGACCCGUCACAUCCUCCUCCCCUGCUGCCGCGCAAAAAGGAGCACGCCCAGAUCAAGCGAGAGCUGAGCGAAGCUGCCGCCGCACGUAAGGAGGCAAAUCAACGUAUAAUAGCCCUUGAAAAAUUGGUUAAAGACCUAGGCGUCCAGGUGGCCCUGGCCAGCAGCGCUCCAGCACCUGCACCUGCACCAGCCCCAGCAGCAGCAGCAGCCCUGACAACGAAAUUCAGCGUGGCAGGUGGACCGGUCACAGACUUAUAGUUUUAGCUGCCGGCCCCUCCGGGUUCGAACGGCCAGCGAAGGGCAGUGCGCGUCACUUACUUAUAGCAACCGGAUCGGCGGAAAUGGCCAGCUCGACGAACCUCCAUAUUUCGCUUUAAAAUAAUUUAUAACUCCAUAACCUGUGCUGGGCCGGAAACUAAAUCAUCCAACUCAUCUUGCAAGUCCACAGAGUCCACAGGCUGGCACAAAAUCCUGUUCCCAUAACCCUUAGCCCUUCUUCUUAAAUUGUUACUAAAACUCAACUAGAGGUCGUAGGAGAAUUUAAACUAACUGAGAAAACGUGUACCUAUAUUGCGAUGAACAAAAAUCAAAUCUAGAUUCUACCGACGACGAAUAAUUGUUAAUUUACGAGAAUGUUGAAUGCUUAAAAAGGUAUAGAUAGCAGUGUAUAGUUAUAUACCAUACUUGUUAAGUGCCAUUCGAUUAAUUAUAAAGUAUAUUUUAAAAUAUAUUCGAUUCUAUAUUACUAAAA